AGAGACUGCGCCAGACAAGAGCCGCGGGCUGUUUUGAAGCCCCACAGAGUCCAAAACGGAAGUGGUCCUCCAAAAUUACUUUCCCGGGAAACUUGCACUUGAAAAACAAUGAGUUUCUAAUUCGCGUUUUCCUCAAGUUAACUCGGAGAGACACAACAAAACUUUCGCUUUCUGCACAGAGAACCACAGUCUCCUCCCAAGGAAGGAACCUUCCUCUCCAAGCGGCGGCAGCAGAGCGGAACCGAGAAGCCGAGGGCACUGGUUCUCCGUCGUGCUCUUCUCCGGACGGACCAGCCUCCCGGCGGGGUUGCCGUGGAGACCCGGCGCGCCGUGUGGAUGCUGCGACUCGCCCUGGCGCGACCUUCGCUGCCUCUGUGCAGAGGAGGCUCCCGGGACCGACGCCAAGAUGAUGCUUUCAAGGGCCAAACCUGCUGUAGGCGGGGAACUGGCGCACUCUGAUAAAAGAAAGAAGAAGGGUAGGAAGAUUCCAAAGCUAGAGGAGCUGCUUUCACAAAGAGAUUUCACUGGCGCUAUUACCCUCUUGGAGUUCAAACGCCAUGUUGGGGAACAAGAAGAGGAUACAAACUUGUGGAUUGGCUAUUGUGCCUUUCACUUGGGUGACUACAAGAGAGCUCUGGAGGAAUAUGAAAAUGCAACGAAGGAGGAAAAUUGCAACCCUGAAGUCUGGGUGAAUCUCGCCUGCACCUACUUUUUUCUUGGGAUGUAUAAACAAGCGGAAGCAGCUGGAUUUAAAGCUCCAAAGAGUCGGCUCCAAAACCGCCUGCUGUUCCAUUUGGCUCACAAGUUUAAUGAUGAGAAAAAAUUGAUGAACUUUCAUCAAAAUCUUCAGGAUAUCACAGAAGACCAACUCAGUUUGGCCUCAAUCCACUAUAUGCGAUCUCAUUAUCAAGAAGCUAUUGAUAUAUAUAAGCGAAUACUGCUGGAUAACAGGGAGUACCUUGCUCUCAAUGUCUACGUGGCCCUCUGCUACUACAAGUUGGAUUACUAUGAUGUAUCUCAGGAAGUCCUGGCUGUUUAUCUUCAGCAGAUUCCUGACAGCACCAUCGCACUCAACCUUAAGGCCUGUAAUCACUUUCGCCUUUACAACGGCAGAGCAGCUGAGGCGGAGCUCAAAAGCUUGAUGGACAAUGCUUCUUCACCCUUUGAAUUUGCUAAAGAGCUCAUCAGGCACAAUCUGGUUGUUUUCCGAGGAGGUGAAGGGGCUUUGCAGGUUUUACCUCCCCUAGUUGAUGUCAUCCCUGAAGCGAGGCUGAACCUAGUCAUUUACUACCUUCGUCAAGAUGAUGUACAAGAAGCUUACAACUUAAUUAAAGAUCUGGAGCCUUCAACUCCUCAGGAGUACAUCCUCAAAGGAGUGGUGAAUGCAGCACUUGGUCAGGAAAUGGGUUCAAGGGAUCAUAUGAAGAUUGCCCAGCAGUUUUUCCAGUUGGUGGGAGGAUCAGCCAGUGAAUGUGAUACAAUACCAGGGAGGCAAUGCAUGGCUUCAUGUUUCUUUCUGCUUAAGCAAUUUGAUGAUGUCUUGAUUUACCUCAACUCAUUUAAGAGUUACUUCUACAAUGAUGAUGUGUUUAACUUUAAUUACGCCCAAGCCAAAGCUGCAACAGGCAAUACCAGCGAAGGGGAAGAGGUGUUCCUUUUGAUUCAAAGUGAGAAGAUGAAAAAUGAUUACAUUUACCUCAGUUGGCUAGCUCGGUGCUAUAUUAUGAAUAAGAAACCAAGACUAGCAUGGGAACUUUAUCUCAAGAUGGAAACCUCUGGCGAGUCCUUUAGUCUCUUACAGCUCAUUGCUAAUGACUGUUACAAGAUGGGCCAGUUUUACUAUUCAGCCAAAGCUUUUGAUGUCCUAGAGAGGCUGGAUCCCAACCCUGAAUAUUGGGAAGGCAAAAGGGGUGCCUGCGUGGGCAUUUUCCAAAUGAUCUUAGCUGGGAGAGAACCCAAAGAGACCCUUCGUGAAGUGCUCCAUUUACUGAGAAGCACAGGUAACACCCAGGUAGAGUACAUCAUCCGAAUCAUGAAGAAAUGGGCCAAAGAAAACAGAGUGCCUAUCUAACUAACUCCAGAGCCCUAACCCUGAGGCCAGCUUCAGCUUUGACCUGAAACUGGAAAUCAUUUUCCUCAAGUUGAAUGGAAGAUAGUGGGCUCUAUUUGAUGGACAUUUUCCUUCCUUGUUCUUCGAGGCUGAAGAUCAGUAACUGAUUUGCUUAGCCCUUGCCUCCUGGCUGAAAAAAAGUACCAGUCUGUGCUGUGGCCCCUGUGUGAUCCUACUAGCAAUAAGACUUUGGACUUACUGGUGCCUUUCUUCCAAAAGUACUCAGAGUACUCCUGUAAUUUACUGACUUCAAGGAGAACAGCAUAGUUUUGGUUUCUUUUCUUUUCAUGUUAACAUUUCAUGGCAUUUUCUCCUAACUGUAAUAACAAGUGUCUAAUGAUAAAGAGUCGCUGUCAUUCUGUCAUCUUAUCAUCUCUCAUCU